AAAAGUUUCCCGAUAGACCUUCACGCUGCGUCUUGUGCCAUGCUCAUACGGUGGGUGCUUUACAUAUCAGAGAUGCUGGUUCUUCGGAAGCUGCUGGUCUUAGGUGGCGAUGUCUGCACUCGCGGCCCGUCUUUGGGGUGCAGAACGUGGUAUACCUUUUCCCAAGCAGGUUAUUGUUCCAAGUCCGAGCAGAGUCCGGCUGCGGGGUCAGAUAAAGUAGUUUCCUAUGAGCAGCUAAAAAGGAUGCUGGCAAGUCACAAUGUCCAGCUGUUUGAUGUUAGGAACCCGGAGGAAUUCCAAGCAGGAAGAAUACCAGGAUCAACUAACAUUCCUUUGGAUAUUCUAGAGGAGGCUUUGAAGUUGGAGAAUGUCAUGUUUAAGAAAUCUUUCAACGUGGAAAAGCCUGCUGUCAGUGAUGACAAUAUUGUCUUUCACUGCCGAUCUGGAAAGAGAAGUUUUACUGCCCUCGAGACUGCAAUUACCUUUGGCUAUUCAAGGGCUCGCCAUUAUGGUGGAGGCUACCUAGAGUGGGAAGAGAAGGAAGGGUUAACUUCACCAAAUCCACAGUCUUGAGUCACCUGUGAGAUUCUGAGAAAGAGGAAAUUGUGGCCACCAGGGAGCGCGCUAGUGCCCCAAAUCCAACACAGACAGACGUGAACACAAGUUCAGCACAACACACCUUUUAUUCAGCUGUGGGAAACACUUUACAACCAUUUUCCACAAAGCACUAUACUAAAGCACUCUUUGUCUUUUUUUCUUUUCUUCUCCUUGUCUCUUUGUCCACCUUCACUCCUCCUCCAGUAAGCCUUGUCUUCCAACUCCUGACUCUGGCUUCGUGAAUGAAGUGAGGUGGUCCCUUUUAUGCUGCCCCUGGUAGCACUCCAGUUGGCCCAUUAGCAUGAACCGGGAGCCUCAUAAAAUAGGGUUGUCACUUCCUGCAGCACCCCAUGGUGGUACCUCCCAGCAUGCCCUGUGGUAAUGCGGGCUGCUGUAGGAACCUAGGGGGGCUGCCACUUAGUACUCCAGGGGAGGUAGGGCCCUGUACCUGUUUUCUCCCCCAGUUCUCCCACUAUUGAAGCAUCCCAGAUGGGUAAGGGCCCCCAGCCAUCCGCCACAACAUGCAUUCACUUACUCUUUGAUUAUUAACAAGAACAUUAUAUUUAUCUCUGUAUCAGCACUGCAUCUUUAAGAUUUUAUUAAUAAAUAAUGCAGUAUAUUUUUAAA